GUCACUUUUUAUAAUUGAUUCGUUCAAGGACGCAAAGUAAUACUCGUGAUCGUUAUUUUGUAUAACAAUGUAUUAACAAACAUUUUCACCAUGUAAAAAACAAAAUAAAUGUGCAACAGGUCAAUGGAGUUCAACUCGAAAAAGGACAGGCGACAUAUAUCGGGAGUCUACAUUUAAUGCCCCACCACCUGAUUUUUGGACAUCCGGAGCUGGAGAUCUGGAUAUCUUAUCCGACCAUUCACACUGUCGAAAAGAGUCUUCCUACAGUACACAAUACUUGGCCACUCCAUAUUCGGUGCUAUAAUUUUGUCUUCAUCACACUCAACUUCCAGACAGAGAGAGACGUUACGGAUGUGUACGAGAGCAUACAACGUCUGACAUGUGUUAGCUCAGUUGAACAGCUGUAUGCAUUUGUCUACACACCUUCACCUCCAUUCUCCACAAAAGAUGGUUGGCAAAUCUACGACCCAUUAGUGGAAUAUGAGCGUAUGGGUGUGUCUUCAAGGAACGAGCAAUGGCGCUUCUCCGACCUUAACAAAACCUUCACUUUUUCACCAACAUACCCGCGUGUACUUGUGGUACCUUCAAAAAUCAGUGAUGCCGUUCUGACUUACGCUGCCAAGCACAGAAGCAAGGCCAGGAUUCCAGCAUUAAGCUAUCUACACUGGAAUAACAUGGCUUCUAUCACUAGGUCAAGCCAGCCAAUGGUUGGCCUCAAACAGAACCGCUCUAUACAGGAUGAGAAGCUCAUUGAAGCAAUUUUUCUGACCAAUACUCCUCAAUCUCCUCCGGGACAUCAAGUAUAUGGGAGUACAGCAACCAACCUCAUUAUUGAUGCACGCCCAACUGCAAACGCUGUCGCUAAUACCGCAGUUGGAGCUGGUACGGAAAACAUGGAAAAUUAUAGGAAUUGCAAAAAAGUCUAUUCUGGGAUUGAUAACAUUCAUGUCAUGCGUGAUAGUUUAAACAAACUUGUUGAAGCGUUGCAAGAAAUCGACACAAAAGGCACAGUUUCAAAGGCGUCACUCCAGCGAUCAGGAUGGUUAAAGCAUAUUGGGGCGAUCAUGGAAGGGGCGCUGAUGAUCGUCAAAAAUAUCCACGUCAGUAGCUCACACGUCCUGGUACAUUGUUCUGAUGGCUGGGAUCGAACAGCACAGCUGACAUCGGUGGCUCAGAUCUGUCUUGACCCAUUCUAUCGUACUCUUCGAGGAUUCCAGGUGUUGGUCGAGAAGGAGUGGUGUUCGUUCGGCUACAAAUUUAUGGAUCGUUGUGGUCAUCUCUCCAAUGACAAAAAUUUUGUGGCACUCUCUGCCACUAAUGCUGCUGCUAACACAUUUGCGAACGUUCAGAGCAAGUUCUACAACAACAAACACAUUCGUGAGACUAGCCCUGUUUUUCAACAAUUUCUCGACUGUGUCUUCCAGAUCAUGCACCAAAAUCCCACUCGAUUCGAGUUCAACGAGUAUUUCCUUACGCAGCUUCACUACCACGUCUACUCUUGCCAGUUUGGUAAUUUUUUAUUCAAUUGUGAACGGGAAAGACGUCAAUAUAUGGCUACAACCAAAUGUGCAUCCGUAUGGGACUUCAUCAACUCUGAUAAGGAUGUGUAUUUGAGCAAGACAUUUCAACCGAGUGCUGAUAAAGAUCGUGCUGGUGAUGGCGGAGUAUUGUUUCCAGAUUCCAAAAAUAUCAAAUACUGGGCUAAGCUCUUUGGGAGAACAGAUGAAGAGUUGAAUGCACCAGAUGACAAUAUGAGUAUCAAUAAUCCUAUGACAGGGCGCAUGACUCCAGAGAUGCUUGGAUUGGAAGCAAACUAUGCAGAAUCCAUAGCCUCAAUAGGUGGUGACAUUCUCACAGGCUCUGACCCUCUAGGUGCUAGUUCAGGCUCUAUAACAAGCCAACCACGGGCGGGAGCAAAAAAUAUUACCGCACGUCCAGAAGCUUUUGCAACGGCAGGAACGAUCGAAGGGGAGGACUCCUGGCAAAAGAGUGCUGAGAACAUCACAUCCAAAUUUCCAGCAGCACUCACUGGGGCAUUUAGCGGUGGCCUUGUGGAUUCCUUCAAUAGAUUGACAAUGAAUGUUCGCGAUACUUGGUAUGCAUCGACUGCAGUCUCUGGAGCAUCAUCCGCAAACUCGUUUGGCGAAGAUUUGACUUCUCCUUCUUCAUUCAAAGAGAUGCGGCCAAGCUCCGCAAGCCCCCAGUACAGGGCCGCGACUCUAGGUCGGAGCAGUAGCAAUAGCAGACGAACCACUGUUGAUCGAGAGAUGCGAUCGAUCUCGGGCGGACAAGCCAUUUAUGCGCAAACCCAUAGUGCUUCCUCAAGUCCUAAACAUAGCCUUGCAGACUUGACUCUGGAGCACGAGAUACAUCAGAGUUAUGCACACCUUGGGCAACAGGGAGCCCGUAAAUCACCACCAAACGGCUCAUCAUCCUCUUCGUCCAACUCUAGACCAUCCUUCAAUACACGUCAUUCUCAUUUGUCAUCUAAGUCGAACUCCUCAACAGUAAAGCGUUCAGCAACGCCAGAUCUGACGACCACUCUUCCAGCAAGCAGUGUCUCCAUCGAGAGCGGAAUAGCUGCAGCAGUAACUGUAGCAGAGAAAGCUGAUUCAGGGCCCGAACCAGCCAAGGAGCCAGUAAAGGAGCUACCUCAUCCACUUUUUGUAGAAUAAGCAC